AUGGGAGGUACGCUAGAUAACUGUCCGCCAGCUGACCCAAACUGUCAUCCGAGCUGUAUUGUAUACACAGCUGACCACUGCAGAUACUGCAUGUGUGACCAAGAGUCAGCUAGAGGUACAAGCAGUUCCGGGUUUGGGUCUGGUUCGGGAACUUCCUCUGAUGCAGCUUGGGACAGAGGAUUCGAAGAAGGUGACUGGUCAAGUAAAAUGAACACAGAUACAGGCGCCUGGACUAACACUGGUGGUGGAGGGUUUUCAAGUGCGGGGUUCGGCUCCUCAUCACGAUAUUCCUCCGAUGAUAGAGAAGAAACAGUUAAAUAUGUGAUCGUAGAAAAAGAGCCCGAGCCAAGUCGCUCUAACUCUCAAUAUCCGUCAGGUAUCAGGCCUCUAAGUGUUCUUCCAAAUCCGUUUCCAUCUGGAAUGUCGUCACCAUUUGCUGGUUCCCAUAUGCCUUCAGCUGUCCUCCCGGGAACAAAUACUAUAUCAGAUUCGCACUCAUAUGGUGCAAAUGUAAUAUAUGUUCCAUUGUUAGCACCUGGUAUACCUAAAUACUGUGUCAGGUGCCGUAUCCUAAGCUGUCCAGAAACGUGCGAACGUAUAGAUGAGUAUGGAUGCCGAAGUUGUCCAUGUGCGCCAUCAAGAUAUCAGACUAUGCCGGUAAUUAAAGAUUGCUCGAAAUCAGAAAUUGUUGUGAAGAAGCCAGAUUGUUCUGCUACAAAACUCUGUAUGGAAACGUGUUCUGACGGGUACCAGCUUGGUGAUGUAGGCGGGGAUGGUUGCAGGUCCUGCACCUGUAUAAGAAGAGUUCCGACGACUCCAGCUCCGACGACUCCAAAACCAGUAGCUAGCUGUCCUGCAACACUGUCCUGCAUGUUGAAAUGUAAAGAUGGUUACCUGUUGGGAGAAAAACAGGCCAACGGUUGUCCAGCGUGUAAAUGUUUAGCGAAAGGUCAUGAUCAAAAUAGCGCCUCGAAUUCAAAUAACUAUUUCAACAGUAAUAACAACAAAAAUGUCAACAACAACAACAACAACAACAAAUUUAACAGCAACAAUUACAGUAAUAACAAAUGGGGCGACGGAGCUUCAAAAUGGAGCAAUAACAAUGCGCAGUCAAUGAAUUCUGGGAAUACUGGAAACGGAAAUGGCGGCAGUGGCAACGGUUGUUCAGGAACAAAGUCUAACUACCUUUCAAGCAGAAAUGGAAUUGGUAGUGGCAAAUGUGAACCUCCAAUGUGCUUUGAUGGCCAUAUGUCAGUUGACCAAGCCAUGAAGAUAGGGUCCGAGAGUGCGGGAGGCGGAGGUGGUUGUAAUGAAGGUGGCGGGUCUGGAGUGACGGACGGUGGAUCAAUGAGCGGACCAUCCAACUCUUUUCCGAUGAACUCUGGAGGGUUCGGUGAGUUAAAAUUUAGUUUUAUGAAUUAG